UCACUUUCCUCGGCGCGAGGCAGCGGAGAGGAGCGCAGUCCUGGAGUGUGGAGAGGCGCGAGGCUGUUGUGCGUCACCGGUUGGAUCUGUGUGUCCUCUAUUCCUCCCUCUCUCUCUCUCUCUUUCUCUCUCUCUCACUCUGUGUGUGUGUGUGUGCAUUCCGUCACUGUGUCGAUGAGGAGUGAAGGCGAUGACACCGUCUCUCCGUGCUCUCCAUGACGCACAAGCGUGUAGAUAGAUAGGUAGAUAGAUAGACACACAGUUGGAGAAGGUCCAGUUGGUUGGGUUGUGUUUGGCACGGUUGCUUCAUGCACGCUCUAUAAAGAGACUCUCUCCAUCACCCAUCCAACCUAUUGGCAUUCUGAUCACCUGGACUGUGAGUGCGUGCUCCUGUGUUCUUCGUCUUUCACCAUGUUGUCGCCGUCGUCUUCGUCACCUCACGAGACCCUCGUGCGCCUGCUGGCCGUGGUGAGCGUGCUGUGUGGCGCCCGACGCGCAGCUGCCGCAUCCUGCGAGCCCGUGCGCAUCCCCAUGUGCAAGUCCAUGCCCUGGAACAUGACCAAGAUGCCCAACCACCUGCACCACAGCACGCAGGCCAACGCCGUGCUGGCCAUCGAGCAGUUCGAGGGUCUGCUGGGCACGCGCUGCAGCCCCGAGCUGCUGUUCUUCCUGUGCGCCAUGUACGCGCCCAUCUGCACCAUCGACUUCCAGCACGACCCCAUCAAGCCCUGCAAGGCCGUGUGCGAGCGUGCCAAGUGCGGCUGCGAGCCAGUCAUGAAACGCUACAACCACACUUGGCCCGAGAGCCUGGCGUGCGAGGAGCUGCCUGUGUAUGACCGCGGGGUCUGCAUCUCACCUGAGGCCAUAGUCAAGGUGGAGGGACCAGAUAAUCCCUACAAUCAAGACCCAUCCAAAUGCAACCCCGAGUCGAACCCGGACUUCCCCUCAGACUCCAACAACGGAAACUGUAAAGGAGUCAGUGAACGUUGCAAGUGCAAGUCUGUGAGACCCGCCCAAAAAACCUACAUGAAGAACAACUAUAAUUAUGUCAUAAGAGCCCGAGUGAAAGAGAUAAAGAGCCGUAAUCAUGACCUCAGCGCCAUCGUGGAAGUGAAAGAUGUCCUGAAAUCAUCUUUGGUCAACAUUCCUCGGGACACGGUCACUCUGCACUACAGCUCAGGCUGCCCCUGCCCCCCUCUCACCGCUAACGAGGAAUAUCUCAUCAUGGGCUACGAGAACGAGGAACGCUCCAGGUUGCUGCUCAUUGAUAACUCUAUUGCACAGAAGUGGAAGGACCGGUUAGGACGCAAAGUGAAGCGUUGGGAGAGCAGCAGAAGUCCGGGAAAUCGUUCAGGAAGACCCAGCCGCUACUAACCGGACCCCACACACACUCCCACACGGACAAACUCCAGACACCAGGAUGUACCCCAGAAAACUGAAAGAAAUUGCACUAUUGUACGUUCUUCUCCAAUGUCGGCGAGUUUGUAGCAGAGACGUGUUUCUUAUAUUUUGUUUUGGCUUUUAUGACAUUGUUUUUAUAUACUUUAUUUUUUGUCGUUAUUUGCACGAACAAAAUGUUCAAUUGACAUUGCUGUGUGAGCGUGAGUGAUAAGUGAGGAUGAGUGUGUGUGUGUGUGUGUGUGUGUGUUUGGGGGGGGCGGGUUCAUAUGAGACUCCCUGAAAGGGGAGAUGUGGAGGAAUUAAAGAGACAAUGACGAGGGAGCUUAAAGCGAUAGUUCUGAAAAAUCAAACUUACACAGUUUUUCUUACUUAGACAACUGAGACAUAUGUGCUGCACUACAGGCAAAGCUAAUAAUCCAUCAGUUAGCACUGUUUUAAGUACAAUGUAUGAACAAAAGUAUUGGGGCACCUGCAACUGUCUCUACUGUUCAAUGAUAGGAUUUCUACCAGAUUUGGAUGGAAAACUUCUGUGAGGAUUUGACUGCAUUCAGUGGCAAGAGCUUGAGCAUGUACACAACUCUUUUAGCAAGGACAACUCAAAGUCUCUAAAUGCUGCAUUCAUUCGAAAAGGUGUCCACAAACAUUUAGACAUAUAAAUGAAAUGCAAGUGCCUGAAUUGUGCAAACUUGCCUCAAGCUGGUGGCAAGGAUUAGCAUGUUUUGCUCCUACAGUUAGUAAGUAGUGUAAUUUUACCACACUGCAAUAAAUACAAAUCAUGCUUUGAGUAGCCUCUCAUGGACAGCUGUACAUGUCCACUUGUUGUACUCAUCUGCCCAUAUUAAUACUUAUGCGCUUGUGGAUCCACAGAAGUAUAAAGCAGUAUAAAUAAGUAUAGGCUUGACUGACCAAUCGCAGCUGCUGCUGCUGUCCGCAUCAAGAACUAGUAUCAUCUCCCAUCAAAUAUGCCCUGUCCCAUUAAAGCUAAAGAGUGCUGCACUGAGCUUGUCACUCGUCUGUUCACACGGACAAUUUAAGGCAGACACUGCCGGUCACCAUCCUUACCACCCACUGAACUGUGUCCACUGUGGGUGAUAAUUAACGCUUUCUAUGACGUUUUCCAUUGCAAACAACACUUUUAACACUAGAUAUAUCACAAGUCAAUUUUCUACGAUACUUCACAGCAUCUGUAUUACUGAAGAGAAUAAAAUACUCCUAAAUAAUCAAAUACCAAGAAUAACUGUUUUAUUGGUGUUUUAGUUACCCCUAAUUUCAAAAACAAUAUUCUUCACCUCAGGAUUAUUAACCCUGUUCAUUUCAUUAUAGCACCACCAUGUGGAGUAAUAAAGCAGUAACUUUAGUAAGUCUAAUUGAGGGGCGAGUAUUAGGGAGUUUAGGGCACCUAGAUGGUUCAAUAGAUGCAUCUAUCGAUAUCGAUAUAUUGUCCCAGCCUUAAUUAUAUGACUUUGGCACAAGAAUGCUGUUCAAGUGACUCCUUAUAUCUUCCUACAUUACAACAGUUUACGCACUGCUGUCCCAUGACUUUUGCCAUGUCAGUGUAGUCAUAAUUUGCUAAUUGGUGGUGUAUAAACCCCUUUACCAUUACUUAGGUUAACUAACUACAUUAUCCUCAUGACUCCAGUAUAAACUGUAUAAAGAAGCAAUCUUCAGACACCAGGCAUGUCCUGGUUGAUCAUCCAUAGAUUUGGUAUCUAGGGUAACUGGGGUAAAAGGGUUCAGGGUGUAAAAACUGUGUAAAUCUGAUUAUUCAGCACAUUUUCGCUUUAACGGGAGCAGCGGAUUCUAAAGCGUGGUCCAGCCGCGGUGGGAAGAGAAAUCCGAGUGUUUGGAUUUGACUCCAUCAGGCUUUAAUGCGUUCCAAUGAUCUCCGUCAGCAGCCGCAGCUGCAGCGAGUUUUUCUUCGCUGGAUUAAACGCUCUUCAAAGGAGAGGCGAAGAGCAGAGGGGGAGCGCAUCUUUUGGCAGGAAACACAAAGAGAACAGAGGAAGAUCCAGCGCUGAGAGGGAAAUGUUAUUGAGGACAACAAAAACAAAUGCUGAUCUUCAUUUAAAAGGAACUCUGUUAUUUUUUCUGCAUAAUAUUUCUGUAGUCCUGUUUUUUUGUUACUCUUUAACACAUGUUCAAUACGCUUGAUCGUAAGCCAUUCCUAGGAAGCUGUUUAUGUAAGAAUGCGUGCUGCGCAGCAGCUGUUUUGUUUUAAAGCAGUGUUUUUACUGGACUGAUCAGUACAAGAUGACUCAACACUGCUCCAAACCCACUUCAGACCAUUACUCACUCUGCCUGUUAGCACAUUUACAUCCACUAUUAAACAUAUCUGCCUGGUUAA